CAAUUCAGCAGUAAUGGAAACAAAUAUUUUUGAGAAGUACAAUUGCUUGAACGUAUCAAAAGCAUUCUGUAGGCUGAUCUGUGUGUUCAACGUAAUCAAAUGAAUUGAUUCAAGCGUAAUUAAAAAGCAUGUAAACAAGGCAUUUUCAUCAUCCUCUGAUUACUCCAUCUGUUCUUGAGUUGGAGUUAAAGCUUUCUUCCUAAACGGAACCAUCAGCGCGUACGAUUUGAAAGUGAUUUAAUGAGAUUCAAACCGUUGCCGGAUUAUCUUAAAUAAAUUAUUUAUUUCCGGACUAGAAAGUAACUCUAAUCGAAUUCCUUUUAAAACAUUCAAACAAUUCAAUAGACAUCCGCACCGGCACAUUUGCAUUACCUUAAGGAAUUGCUUGUGCGCUUCCUAGCAACGCCGAAGCGAAGAGUGUGAGUGUCGAGCACGAAAGCUCUAUAGGGGCUCUCGGCAGGAACUCAUGAGCGCUUCCCUUCACUGGCUAUUUAGUACAGCAUCCUAUCAACCGAACGUGUCAGUUAUCCUUCAGCAGUGCUUGCUUACUCAUCUCCAGUAAACACGGCCCACUUCCUGCGGGCGGAGCAGAUUGACUCGUGUGCGUGGCGAUGUUUAUUGAGCCGGUACGCAGAUACACCGGCCGUCCGUCGGUGCUUUGUGAUGUGAUUUAUGCUAAACGUUGCAAGUAGCCCACUUAAACCGCUUGGAACACCAUUAAAGAGAAAGAGACAUCCUUUAAAAAAUGGACACUUCAAAGUGAGACUGCGAGGGUGUAGUGCGGAAGGAAUUGCGGAAAAGUAAAAGGACUGUUCGGCUGGCCGUGCAAGAUAAAAGACCGAGUGUUCCGUUGUGUAUACACACACGCAAAAAAGUAUUCAUGUGCAAAUAGUGUAGCGCGUGUGAGUGAGGAUGUUUUUUUUUCGUUCAACCAUGAACACGAGCACGUGGUACGGUUUAAGAAUGAUGGGCUUUAAAAUUUGGAUAUUCGGUGUAUUUAUGCUGACGGUGAUGUGUCGGUGUGCGACUGCUCAAACGCUGUCAGCCCCACUGCCCGAGCCGGUCUGUGGCCAGAUCUCGCAAAUGCUGGACAGCUGCUUCCGCAACUCCUCCCCAACGAUUGCCGUCGAGCUGCUGUACUCCGUCAAGAUACCGGACACGGUAGAAGAAAUUAGCGACCGGUGUCUACUGUUCAACCGGGGCAUGGAAUGCGUUCAGCACUAUCUGAACGUGUGCGUCGACCAGCAGGAGCGCAAAAUCAUCGAAAAUGAGGUGUACGGAGCGAAACGAUUGUACGAGUUCCUGUGCGGGGAUCGCUCGUUUCAGCAGGAGUUUCUGCGGCAUCGAGAAUGCUUUCAGCACGUCCAUCGCGACUGGGACGCGUGUUCUGGCAAGUUUAUCAGCAUUCUCAAAGAGGAAAUGUCCAAAACGACCAAACAAUCGAUGAAUCUCCAGUACAUGCACUUUUGCUGCGCCCGGUACGGGUAUGAAAAGUGUGUCUACAACAGUGCCCGCUACAAGUGCCGGAAUGAUUCGGCCCUUUUCCUGCGUACCGUCGCGAAGCUGCUGUCCACCGACAGACACUUCCUGAACUGUGAUAAGAUCGAGCACGCGGUUUGCUCGGCUGGGACGGUGCGGUUGGCGUGCUGGAAGCUCACCGCACUGGUGCUGGUAGUGGUGUGGAUGAUUUCCGUGUCCGUUUUUGACUGGCGAUCCUUCGGCCCAGUUGCCACCCGUUGCUACCAGUUGGGUAUAGUUUAGGUGCGUGUUAGCAUCGGUUAGCAUGGCGGCCGCUGGCCCAUAUAGAUUGUAAGUGAUGCUCGUAGGUAUAACAAUUGGUGGUUUCAGUUACUGGCUAGGCUUGCGGACACAUUGUGCACCGUACAACGUUGUAUAAACAUAUAUAGAGAGCGAUUCAAAUCCACUUGUCCAUUCUUGUCACAAAUCGUAGGUUAUUUAAAUCAUGUUGAACAGCUACUCGUUGUAUAGGGGUUUUAUAAAUGCACAACACUGGGCAGGAAAGUGGACGUCCCCAUCGAUCGGACAUGUACAUCGUUUGAGCGAGUGUGUUUUAAAUUGGACAUAAACUGUGUAGUUUGUAAGCGUGCGCGCGUGUAGGGAAACAGGCAUGUUGUGAUACAAAUUGCAUUCUGUUCGUUGCACUCUUGAAAACGAAUACGAGAUUCGUUUGCAAAUUUGAAAUAAAUAUAUGUCAUUAAAUGGACGACCGAA